AUGGCGGAAAAAUGCUUAAACCAAAAUGCUCAAACUAAUGAGUUGGUAAAACAACUAUCCACUAAGAUAGAUGCCCUAGCCACCCAUAACAAAAUGCUAGAAACACAGAUUUCCCAAGUGGCACAACAGCAAGCAGCUAUGGCCGCUCCAGCUGGCACAUUUCCAAGACAACCUGAGCCUAAUCCCAAAGGGCAUGCAAAUGCCAUACAUGCUAUAAUCACUAGAAGUGGGAAAGAAUUGCAAGGUCCACCUGAUCCUCGAGUCAAAAACUCGGGAAGCGUUAAGAAAACCAGCAUGGAGGCCGAGAAUAGUGAAUCCCCAAAGGAGCCUGUGAGAGAAGCCGAAAAUCCUCAAUUAGGAGAUAAGGAGGAGACAACCGAGAAGCUUACACCUGCUGCACCACCUGUUUACAAAACACCUAUCUCUUUUCCUCAAAGAUUGGCUAAGACUAAAACUGAAGGGCAUUUUAAGAAAUUUGUAGAACUUCUGAAACAACUAAACAUAACCAUACCUUUCUCGGAAGCAAUAACGCAAAUGCCCACAUACUCGAAAUUUCUUAAAGAAAUUUUAUCAAACAAGAGGAAAUUAGACGAGGAUAGUACAGUCGCACUUACCGAAGAAUGCAGUGCCAUAUUCCAAACAAAAUGCCACCUAAACUUAAAGACCCUGGAAGUUUUUCAAUUCCCUGCGUAA